CUGCCUGCAGCCGGUGUCGGGUCGCCGGCAGUUCGGCUCCGCUCCACUCGGCUCCUCUGCAGGGCUGCAGGGCUGCGCAGCUACUGACUGACAGAGAGAUGAGGGGUGGGGACGCAGGGUGGGGUCACAAGCAGGGAGAGGCGGAGGAGGAAAAGGCAGAGAGAGAGAGCCCAGCCCUUGAAUACACGGCAACAACACGCCGACAGAGAGAGGGAGAGACACACAGAGACUGGCUGAAUUUUGGGGGGAGCAAAGGGAGCCUUCGACGCUGCGGACAUGAACUGAAAAGAAACACUGGAAGAGGCAGGGAUCGUGUUCCUAUAUCCCGAAAAUUUACUGUGAAGGUGGAAAACUAGCCCCCCAAACCCUCCUCUCUCCCUAACAGUUCUUAUUCAGAUAGAGCUACACCCAAAGCCCCGACCGACCCCCUCCUGCUCUUGCUGCUCCACCCCUCCGCCGCUGCACCGCUCCGGCAACCGAGAUGCACACGGAGACCCCUAACAAGACAUGCCAGUCGACUCCUAAGCAGAAGAAGAGUGCUGCCGGUGCCCAGAGGAAGCUGAGGAGCCCGGCCAAGCAGAGCACAAUGACCCAACAACAACAGCAGCAACAACCGCCGCCACCGCCGUCGUCAUCGCCACCGCCGCCAGAAGAGGAGAAGAAGGAGGAGGAGCCAACGACAAGGUCUCGACCUCGGCGGGAGGAGGAGGAGGAAGGAGGCGAGGAGGAGCGGGAGGAAGUGGCGACCAAGUCUGUGAAAGAGAAGGAGGAGGAGGAGGAGGAGGAGGGCAAGACAGACGUGCCCUCUGUACAGAUCAAACCAGAGCCAGAGGAGAUGGAGUGCACGUCGACUCCUAAGCAGAAGAGGAGUGCCGGUGGCGCCCAGAAGAAGCAGAGGAGCCCGGCCAAGCAGAGCACCCUGACCCAAAAACAACAACAACAACAAUCACCGCCGUCGUCAUCACUACCGCCACUAGAAGGAGAGAAGAAGGAGGGGCCGGCGACAAGGUCUCGACCACGGCAGAAGGAGGAGGAGGGAGACGAGGAGGAGCGGGAGGAAGUGGCGACCAAGUCUGUGAAAGAGAAGGAGGAGGAGGAGGAGGGCGAGACAGACAUGCCGUCUGUACAGAUCAAACCAGAGCCAGAGGAGAUGGAGUGCACGCAGGCGGACGUAGGUGACGACUGCUCACAACCGACAGAUCUAAAGGUGAAGACGGAGUUGCUGAGUUGUAAGACGGAGCCCUGUUUGUCCCAGCCGUGCCCGGCGGAGGACCAGACCGAACCUGUCGACUUGUCGCUCAACAAGCCCCGCUCCUCUUCGCUCCCCGCUUCUACGACGAACACCACGGUCAACCCGGCGCCCAGCGGUGCCGUAACCCAGCCCAGCCUGUCUGCCACACCGGUCCCCUCCACGGUACAAUCGAUAGGCUCCAUGGUCCUCUCUCCAGGCUCCAUCUUGGCCACGCAGGGCGCCGGCGGCCAGCAGAUCCUCCAUGUCAUCCACACCAUCCCUUCUGUCAGCAUGCCCAGCAAGGUGGGCCAGCUGCAGACCAUCCCGGUGGUGGUACAGUCCCUACCUGUUGUGUACACAACCAUGCCUACGGAUGGCGUUGCAACGGCAGCCAUUACGGUGCCGCUCAUCGGCAGCGACGGGCGCUCAGAAGGAUCUGUUCGUAUCAAACCAGGUUCGACGUCUCCGGUGGAGUAUCAGAGUGAAAGCGACGCGGAGAGCGGUACGGAGUCCGGCUCGGCCUCCCUCAGCGCCCAGAGCCUCUAUGCAGGGUCUGUUAUGGACUUGGAGCCGGUCGAUCCAGAUUCGCCGGACAUCAAAAGGAGGCGGAUCCACAUGUGUGACUAUGAAGGCUGUAAAAAAGUUUACACCAAGAGUUCCCACCUCAAAGCCCACAGGAGGAUACACACAGGAGAGAAGCCCUACCACUGUACCUGGGAGGGCUGCACCUGGCGCUUCGCCCGCUCCGACGAGCUGACCCGACAUUUCCGCAAGCACACAGGAAUCAAACCUUUCCGCUGCACCGAGUGCGACCGCUCCUUCUCCCGGUCCGACCACCUCUCUCUGCACCGCCGCCGCCACGUCAUGAUGUGAACUCUGACCUCCCUCCUCCUCCCCCCUACCCUCCCAAACACCCACAAACUCCUCAUCAACCUCCCCUACAAACCAACCUCUUGACCCUCUCAAAGUCCCUCACAGCACAUCUUGUACCAGUUCGCCCCACUAUAUUUCCCUGCCUCCCCUCCGCUGCCUCUCACCUCCCACAGGAUUUCAACCCCCAUCAGCAGAUAGAAAAUGACAUCUUCUUCCUCCUCUUCUUCAUCUUGAAAUCAUAGGAACAUCAGGAAUGUGUCUGUGUUCAUGUGUGUGUGCGCAGUGGAGGUGACAGGAUUUUAACUGUGUGUGUUUCAACACAUAAUCAUCAUUACCGUCCACCCAACUACCCACCACCCCACCAUCAUCUUCCAACUCAGUCCCACCCCUCACAGAACACGUCCCCUCCUCAGAAAGAGAGGGAUGGACAGAUGGACUUCAAACAGCAGGGACGUUCAUCCAUCCAUCCAUCCAUCCAUCACAUGCAUCCAUCCAUCCAUCCGGAGGAGAGGAGGAAGAUGAAGGGACGAGAGGAGGAAUGACGUGUGUAUUGUUUUUCAACUUAAAUGAGAAGGAAAAUCUUCAGCCUGAUGUCGCUUCAGCUGCUCUUCUUCUCUUUUUUUUUUAACAAUAUUAAUUAUGUACAUAUCCAGAGUUGGGAAGUUAUGCAACUCCAAGCGUAAAUUAAAGUUUAAAUAACCCUUUUCCACACAGGAACUUUUCUAGGAAUCUUUUUAGGAACUCUUACCUAACCGUUUUGACUGGAGGAACCUGGCAAAAUUGGUAAAUUAUGAUCUAAAUCAGGAACUAUCAGAUCUAAGAAAAAGAAAAUAUGACUACAAAUCUCACCAGACCUUCCAGUUCUUAACCAUUGGUACUUGAAAGUUCUUGAUACUUGGUUGGUGCUAUGGACAUAUUUCGGUUGGUACCAAAAAAAAAAAAAGUAUUAAUGUCAAUACCCUACUCUAAUCCUGACCCAUAGUUCCUGACCUCCAAAACGUCCCUGGCGUUGGGGGAAGUCUUCUUUAAUGGACAAGGAACUAUCUGGGUGGAGUAAAAAUAAAUGAGAACGAUAAACUCAGCAGAUUGUUUUCAGUCUCCAUUUCCACCCCUGUUGCUACAGUAAACUAUGAAAUACAUCACAAUGACUCUGAAAAUAUUUUUGCACAUGACAAACUACAACACAAAGGUACUUUUAGUUCCUGUUGUUCCUUGGUUCCUGGUAAUAUUUGAUAGAAAAAUGGCUAAAACAACCAAAACUCAGUUGGAUUAUAUCAAUUUGUAAUCACAACUUUUAGAUGAAGAAUUUACUAAACUGUAAUAGAUUUUGAAAGGAGAGACUUCCCGACCCUGUGCAUAUCAGUGUAUGAGUCUGUAUGUGUGUGUGUGUGUGUGUGUGUGUGCGUAUGUAGUGAGCUUUUUCACAGCAGCUGAAGUGACAUCAAACACACAUUUCCUCUAAAUCUGUCUGAGGUGUCUGAGGUUAAGAAAAAGUAGUUUAUUUUGUCCUGACCCCUACAUCAACCCCAACCCCUCCCCCAAACCCCAACCCCAACCACACCCCCACCCCCACCCCCUACCCCUGGUGCAAGGAGCUUCAAGACUGUGAACUUUAUAAAGAUUCAUUUGUUUUCAUUGUAUCAAUCACAUUAUUGUUAUUUGCGUGUUCUCCUCCCCCCCACCCCUGCACACACACCUUUCUUACUUGUACUUCGAUAACAGUAUUUGCUUUUCAUGUGUCAUUGUUGCUGUUGUUUUAUGAAAUAAGGCCUUCAGUUUUGCCUCUUUUUUUUCCCCCCUCUUUGCCAGAUUUGGCGCUCUUAACAAAGAUAGCAUCCUUUUUUUUUUAAUGAUUUCAGAUCCUUUGGUUGUGUUCUGAGGCUGUGAAAAAAAAAAGCAGAGGAGACACAAGUAGUUUGAGAUUACAAGUAAAACUCUCGCGCAGGGAAUAGGGGAGCUUUUCUGAGUGUGUGUUUUUUGCGUGUGUUGUUCGUGUGAGUGUCUGCGAGUGAGUGUGCAUGUUUUGAGACAAACACAUAAUCAGAAUUUAAGAUUUUUACGAGUGUGUGUUCCGGGCACUUGUUCUUUUACCUCUUGCCCGUUGAGCCUUAAUAACUGAAGUCAAUCUGUAAAGGGCGAAACCAGAACCACUGACAGAGGACGUUUAGCUACUUCCCGAGACACUGUUUUUCCAUCAGAACCUGGUCUUAGCAGUGUUGACUUGUUUAUCUCCUUACUUUGUGCAGAAACGAUGGUUUUGGUGCACAGAGAAACUCUAAAGUGCUAUUUAACUAGUUAAAUACUGAGUAUUGGAUGGUUUGAGCAGGAAAUCUGCUGAAUUGCUGCACAGCACAAAUCAGGAAGAGGGCACUGUUCCUCCAGAGCAAGCAGAUUUAAGAGUUUUUGAUGAGAACAGAAGGGAGAAAAAAUCACUGCUUCUUUAAAGUUAAGGAAAGGAUCAGCCUCCUGCCGUUCACAUGGAUGGAUUACAGGAAAUAUGGGUUUAAUUCUGAGAAAUUCAAGCAAUGACAAUAUCAUCACUGUCCAAUUUGUUUACACCACAAAUUAUUUGACAGUUUGAUUUCUACAAAUCCUAACUGUAACCAGUAUUUUUUGAAUUUAGAAACAGCAGCAGACACAUCAGCCACUUUUUGCCAUCAUGCUAACGUACCCAACAAUGUACCUGUGGAGCCAACAUGGCUGCCACUGAAAGCGGCACAGUGGCCAGGCCGUCUGUCAGUGGUUCUGGGAGAAACCAGGCACUGUGUCGGGCUGUCAGGGUCUGUAGUGCCGGGGUUUAAACCAAGGGGGAACUAAGCUCUCUCCUCACUAGCAUUUCUAAAAGGGUCGCGGGGGUCAGUUCUCUUUCGACAGAGCUUGUUUUCCAUGGUGAUAGAACUUAAUUUAAUGCCUCAAAAAACUAACCACCAAUUUUAACUGAGAAUCUUGUUUUUCUGCCUUUUCCUCACAGUUUAGGUGUCUAAAACCCUCCUGGCAUAACUCCCCAAUCUGUACUGAACCAAAUCUAAUCAGCAAACCUUUUGGAACAGAAUUGACCCCCCCUUGACCCUGUUCUCUAACCUACAGCGUCCAUGUCUUAAGUGGGCUGUUUUUCAGCCCCUGAUCUGGGCUGAACUUGAUUAUGCAACAUAACGCGACCUCGCUCCAAGCGCUGUUCUGAACUCAGUAGUAGAGCACUAUAGCUGGUAGUUGUACUGCUGAUAUGCAGCUCGCAUAGGUUAUAACAAAGAAUCUUAAAGGGAGGUCAGGAUGUGUAGAAGCCUGUGCUGUCGAUCACUGAACGAAGUGCUCCAUAUAAAACACUCCGAAGCAAAAACACAGGAACUCAUGUGUUGUGAUGUCUUAAGUGAGGGUAUGUGAUCAACGGAACAUGCUUUUUAUAAUCCUGAUGUGUUCCUUUACAAAAUAAUAAAAAGGCAAAAGACAUUUUGCAUUGAAGAUAAAAUAGGGAGUACUGCACUGGGUCAAGAAACGUAGUGUUGGUGAUGUUGAAGUAAAAAAUCAGGUGCUCUUCAAGGAUAGCGCAAGUAGUUCGAGUAAGAAUUAAGCUGGACAGACAUUUUGCUUUGGCAGCGCUGUUCUCGUUAGUGAUUUGGAGUUGUUGUGGUCAUUUCAAAAGCUGGCAAGUGAGAGCAAAAUGUUAGAUUUUCAUAGAACUGAGAUGGACGUGCAGGCUUCCUGUCAACUGAGUGCAUGCCAUGAACAGGGCAGAUUGUUGUUUGGUCUGCACGCUGCAAACGAAAAAAAAAAAUCCCUCUUAGCAAGUCACUGAAUCUGUUUUUGGGACUUUGAAAUCUUAUUUUUCAUAAAUAAGAUCAGCUUCAUUGAAGGAUAUUGUCACUCAUAUCAGUAAAAGUAUGGGAAAUGGUGUCAUUUUUUUCCAUUAUAUUAAGAAUCUGAACUGAAUUCAGUCACUUGUUUUGAAGGAUUUUGUUCUUUUUUGCAGUGCAGAGCAAAUGCAAUGUUCCCAAUUCUCUUAACAUCCCCCUCUGCUUCAACUAAAAAAAAAGUUACUAAGCACAUCUUUCUAGAAGAGUAUAUGCAUUUGAUUGCAAUUUUCUUUCUUUUGUAAACUGUUGAUAAAGACAUUAAGGACAAUGACAAAUAAUUAAGAGAAAUCCAUGUACAUAAAUGUAUAUAAUCAAAAAGUGCAGAGUAAAUGUAACGGGUGAAUUUCUAUUUUUAACACUGACUAGAUAAUGUGAAAAAAAACUUUUUUUUUUUCUCCUUCCUCCUCUGUUGGUUUGAUGAAAUGUGUUUCAUCAUGUGUUCUUCUUUUCAAAUCUAACAAUACAUUUGUUUUGUAGUUUCUUAAAAAAAAAAUAUAUUGGUCCCACUUGUGUUGUGCACACUUGUGUUGCAUGGAGAGUAGCCUUCUUGUUUUCUUAUAGUGACGUUGGUGAGCAUGUCAGUGUGUGUGAGACAGUGGGGUUACCUUAACAUUAAUGACCCAAGGAAAAAAAAAACACACCCUACUGAGAAAUCAUGUUGAAAAUUAAUAACCAGAUCCAUUUAUUUCAACAGAGCUUGACAUUUCUGCACUGGACCUGAUUGAAAUAUCAUUAAAACAGUCAGUUAAAUACAAUAUUUAGCUGGUUCUGGUCAGAAAACAUUUUUUACUCCCAGUUUCAGGUGUGUUCAGACAGAAUAUUUCAGGUCAGAUAGGGCUAAAGUAUUAAUGUUGUGGCUAUUUUGGGUAGACUGACAUGAAUCGAUUGCCCAGUUCACACUCUCCUGACUCAUAGUGGAUUGAUUAUGUUGAAGAGUUACAAGAUCCAAACAUAUCCAGAACAGAUACAGAAAACCAGCUUUCUAAUAUUUUUAUUACAGUUAAGUUUGAGAAGUUCCCAAAUAAAAUAUAGACAAUUAAAUUAUGUUAGUGUCUCUCCUCCUAUUUGAAAUUCAAAUAUUAACAGGAGUAAGAUUUUAACUUAGAAACCAAAAUCAUCCACGUGUCAUUGGUAGAUAAUUUGCUCAGGUGCUACAUGCUAAAAUGUUAGCGUACUAGCACUGUAAGAUAAAUGGGUAUCUACUGCCGUUCUGAUCAUAAGUAAGAUGAAAAUAUAUUUUUCUGGUUAGCUUUCAACACCAACAUGUCCCAUGAUGCCUUGACUAUCUGCCAGUGGUUAAGAUUCAUGGGAUAUGUUGUUGUUGUUGUUGAAUGCUAACAAAAUAACUGUUAAUAUCUGCCUAUGUUAUAUAUAUAUCUAUGUUAAAAUAGAGGUGUUUGCAUUUUUCAAUCCAGUAUGGUAGUGGAUACCCAUUUAGUUCAGAAUAUAGACAGAGCUUUGUUGAAAGAUUGAUAAAAAAGACCCUCUUUGGGAAAACGCACUGAAGCUAACUGAAGAGAAGCUAGCAAGGAACGUGACAGGACUUGAGCUCUUAAUAGACUCGAGUUGAUUUGGUAAACUAUGGAACAGCUUAAAUCCAAUUUUCCUACCCAAACCAAUCAGUUCAUCCAAAUAAAAAAAAAACCCUCUUCUUCUUUACCUCUAGUUAUGUGUAGCCACGCGAUGUAGCCUAGCUUUGGUUUUAUUUACUCGAGUUUUGAGAAAUCUGUGGGGAACAAGAUGCAAUGACGGUGAAUGGAAUUUGUGGUUCACUGAAAAAACACUUCAGAAUUCAACAGAAACAUCACAGUAACUACGUUUUUGAAAUAAUCGUAGCUCAAGGUCAGUUUUCUAGUUCCAGUGUCAGUGGUAAAGACACUGUCAAUGCUUCGAUCUUUUGAGUACCACAAAUUGAAUUCCAUACACCUCCAUUAUAUUGUGAUAUAGGCAGAAUUUAGAGACAUCUAAAAACCUGGAAAAAUAAAACCAGAACUAUCUGUGUGACUAGAUAUCACUACAUGUUUGUGAAAGAACGUGGAUGAAGUAACCCUUCAAUUUUUUUUGUAUUCAACAAAAUAGAUCCUAAGCCCCUUUUAUUUGUAGGAACAUGUACCACACACACACAACACAAAUGUGUUAUUAUGUAAAUGAACAUGAUAUUGGUCCAUUGCUUUACAAGCACAGUGAUCAGCUCUGGUGAUCAUCAUAGCAGCUAAAUUGGUAAACACACACACACUAAAACCUUCAGUGUCACAAAGAGGACAGUCAGUUAUUACAUUUCAGAGCCUGUUGACGAUGACCCUGACAAAGUCUUUCCGCUGGUUUUAAGAGUUGUUGCCAGGAGACUGAUGCAUGUGUACAUGUCUUUCCUGCUUCCUGUUGGUUUUUUGCCAUUUGUGCAAGCUUGUUUUCCUCUGUAUUCUUCUAAAUCUUCUGUUCAUGUGCAAAGCAGGGCACUGAAACAUUAAAAAAAAAAAAAAAGUUUUGUAUCCCUGCUUAGACCUUAACCCAGGAUAGAGUUCAUGUCUGAGGGUGACGUCACUGACUGUGUCCGUCUGUGUGCGAGUGCCUCGACUCACCACGAAUCAUUUCCUCUGCAAAUCAGAACUUUUAGGUAUUUUCUAUUGAAUGCAGUAACUUAUGGGCCAGUACUAUAUUUACUCAGUGCAAUGCAGUUAUCAUUAUAAUAAUAAAAUUAUUAAUAAUAUGUUUUCUUUCUUUUUAUUUUGUAUUUGUACAGAACAAAUGUGUAAAGAUCAGUGAGGAAAACGUGAGCUUUUUGAUACUGUGACUCAUGGUGUUGAAAAGUCAGUUUCUCCCUGUACAGUUGUGAUUUAUUCCCCCCCUCCCUCCCUUCUUCUUUUAUAGAAUAAAAAAUGUUUUUGGUGCAAUUUA